AUGUCUGAAGCAGCAACCUCCUCUUCUCAUACACCACAUGUCUUGUGGGCACCAAGAUCCGAUCGUAUUUAUGUGACUGUGGAAGUUCCGGAUGCAACCGAUGUAAAAGUAGCAUUGCAAGACGAGGGUCGUUUGAAGGUUUCAGCCAAUUCCCAUGGAGAUCAUUAUGAAUUAGAUUUGGAAUUGUUUGCUGAAAUUUCUACUGAAAAUUCAAAGUGGAAAGUAUCCGGAAGAACCAUUGAUUUGAAUAUUGAGAGAAAGGACCAAGGAGAAUUUUGGCCAAGAUUAACCAAGUCCAAUCAAAAGAAUAGACAAAUUUCAGUUGACUGGACAAAAUGGAUUGAUGAAGAGGAUGAUGAAGAGGAUCAAUACGAUUGGCAUGCAUCCGGAGGUGAUGUGAAUGAGCCAAUGAAUAUGGAAGAUUUCUAUCUCCCACAACAAGAAACUUCUUUCCCAGAAAACGAACCAGGCGAGGAAGGAGAAGAGGAACCAGAGGAAAAACCUGAUCUUUCUGAUCUUGACAAGUAA